UCGAAAACCUUGAGGAGAUAUGGCCGGAGAGGAUUUGAUUAUCAAGUUUCAGGAGCUCGGUAUGAGCGAACAGAAAGCUAAGGAGACGCUUAAGAACGCCAAUGUGACACGAAAUUUGCAACUAGCCCUUGCGGAAACAAAAAAACCGCUGAGCGAUGGUGUUGGCAUGUUGCUCUACCACAUGGCAACCAAACUGAAGCCGCAAAUAGCGGCACAUUUGCCACUCUUGGUGCGGUACAUUACGGAGCGCAAGCUGGACAACACGCAACGUGUUGACGCUGCACUGGAAUACUUGCUAAAAUGCGGACAGAAGAAAAACGCAAAUGUCGAUGUGGCCGAACUUGAUCGAGAAUGCGGUGUUGGCGUCGUAGUUUCGCCUGAGGAGAUCGAACGUGUUGUACAGAAGAAAGUUAAGGGCACCUACAAGGAAAUAUUACUGGAACAGCGCUAUCACUUUAACUCAUUUAAGAUUAUGCAGGAAGUCCGCAAUGAAUUAAAAUGGGCAGAUGCAAAAUCCUUGAAAGCAGCCAUCGAUGUUGAGAUAUUCGAUUUACUUGGCCCAAAAACUGAGGCUGAUCUAAUCCCAUUGCCCAAGCAGAACGAAAAGCAACCUAAAGUUAAGGCAAAUCAAACCACAACCAACGCUAAGGCCGAUAUCAAGGCAUCCGCAUCGUCAGCAUCUGUACCAGAUAACAACGAUGGUGCCAAUACCAUUGCAGAGCUAAUGAAGACUAAGGUGCAUUUCCAUGCACCGGGCGAGAACUUUAAAACCGAUGGUUAUGUGGUCACCGAGCAUACGGAGCAGCUACUGCGCGAUCAUUUGAAGCGCACAGGUGGUAGGGUUCAAACACGCUUCCCACCUGAACCAAAUGGCAUUCUGCACAUUGGUCAUGCCAAGGCCAUUAACAUCAAUUUUGGCUAUGCAGCUGCCCAUAACGGCGUCUGCUAUCUGCGAUACGACGACACCAACCCCGAGAAGGAGGAGGAGAAGUUUUUUGUUGGGAUUCGCGAGAUGGUUGAGUGGCUCGGCUACACGCCAUACAAGAUAACAUACUCUUCGGACAAUUUUCAGCAGCUAUAUGAAUGGGCAGUGGUACUGAUAAACAAGAACUUGGCCUAUGUGUGUCACCAGAAAGCGGAGGAGCUAAAAGGUUUCAAUCCACCUCCAAGUCCCUGGCGUGAGCGACCUAUUGAAGAAUCGCUGCAACUGUUUGAGGACAUGAAGCGUGGCAAGAUUGAUGAGGGUGCAGCCACACUGCGCCUCAAGAUCACGCUUGAGGAAGGUAAACAGGAUCCCGUUGCGUAUCGAAUCAAGUUUAUCCCGCAUCAUCGCACUGGCUCUAACUGGUGCAUUUAUCCGACCUACGAUUACACGCACUGCCUGUGCGAUUCAAUCGAGGAUAUCACCCAUUCCCUCUGCACCAAGGAGUUUCAGUCGCGUCGAUCCUCUUACUAUUGGCUCUGCAAUGCUCUCAACAUCUACUGCCCCGUCCAGUGGGAAUAUGGACGUCUGAACAUGAACUAUGCUCUCGUAUCUAAGAGAAAAAUCGCCAAACUUAUUACCGAAGGUAUUGUGAAUGAUUGGGAUGAUCCACGCCUAUUUACAUUGACGGCUCUGCGGCGACGCGGCUACCCCGCGGAGGCCAUAAAUAAUUUCUGCGCCCAAAUGGGCGUGACUGGUGCACAAAUAUCUGUAGAUCCCUCUAUGCUUGAAGCCGCCGUCAGGGAUGUACUUAACUUGACCGCGCCACGACGACUGAUCGUAUUACAACCACUGAAAGUAACCAUCAGCAACUACCCCCACGCAGGGCCAGUGGAAUUAGAAGUUCCUAACUUCCCACAGAACCCAACACUCGGCUCGCACAAGAUUACCCUGGAUCGUGUUAUCUACAUUGAGCGCAGCGAUUUCAAAUUGGAGCCAGAAAAGGGCUAUCGACGCUUGUCACCCCAGCAAUCUGUUGGCUUACGCCAUGCAGGAUUGGUUUUGAGCAUACAAGAAGUUAUCCGUGAUCCUGCCACGGGCGAAAUUAUGGAGCUCGUUUGCAAAAGCGAAUCUGCCGAACAGGCCGAGAAGCCGAAGGCUUUUGUACAAUGGGUUUCACAGCCGAUAGAACUGGAGGUGCGCUUAUAUGAGCAGCUGUUCAAGCACAAAAAUCCCGAGGAUACCAACGAAGUGCCUGGCGGAUUUCUCAGCGAUAUUAACGAUAACUCCAUGUCCGUCCUGAACGCGUACUCUGAUAAGUCGCUUAGCGAUGUAAAAGUGUAUGAUAAGUUCCAAUUUGAGCGCAUUGGCUUUUUCUCAGUGGAUCCCGACACAUCUGGCAGUCGUAUUGUGUUCAAUCGCACUGUAGGACUCAAAGAGGAUUCAGGCAAGAAGUAAACUUGAAUUUGCGUUUUUAUA